AUGUACGUUGGCGAGGAUGGUGCUUUUGUUGAGCUCGACUGCGGCGGUGUGAAGAGUUGGGCGCAGCUACCCACAAAGCUUGCUUCGCUAAAGCCCAUUUCCAGCGUGGAGGAGGUCAACUUGGAAGUUGGUGCAAAGAUUGAGACGGUUGUCGUGCAAAAAGAUUUGACAUCCGUGGUGCUCGGCGACCCCACCGCGGUCCAGUACAUCGUGUCUCUCUCCAGCCUUGAGCUUGAUGCGGCCUGGAAUAAGGUGCAGAUGACCAUGGACGGAGAAGAAGGUUACGAUCCUCUGUGGCAAGUUCAAGUGCUGCAGAUGGCGAGCUGGGGUGCCCAGGUGAUGACCGAGGAGGGCCUGAUUGGAAUGAUUCCUGCUCGUGAUCUCGGUGAAAAGGCCGGUGACCAAGGCAUGGUGGGUGCCAUCCUUACCGUGCAGAUCAAGGAAGUGAAGCCGGAAAAUCGCGAGAACACCAACCCACAGAUGGUCAACGACUAUCCCAUCGUUUUUUCGUAUGCGGACGUCAUGAAGAAGGUUCUGGCCGAGAAGAUAAACGAGGGCGAUGUCGUCGAGGCAAAGAUCACAAACUUCUUGCCUUCCUCCAUGGAUAUCGAGAUCGAGGGCAUCCCCUUCCCAGUUUCCAAGGUUGACAUCUCCCGCAACACCCGCUUCGAUCCGCAAGAACUCUUCGUGAUCGACGAGAUAAUUAAGGUGUACUGCAUGUCAUCUGACCCGGAGUCCGGCCAGUUCAGGUUCUCACUGCGGGCAUUGGAGAAACGUCCCGGUGCCCUCCUCCUGAACAAGCAGAAGGUCUUUGAUGAAGCCGAGGAAACGGCGAAGAUAUUCUACGAGAGACAGAAGAUAGAGAGGGAGAAAAUUGACAAGACGCUUUCAUCCACUCUGGGAGAUGACGAGGAAGAAACGAAGUCGUCAGCGCCAACAGACGCCGCGGGUAUGCUAGACUUCAUGUUGGGCGACGACGACGAUGAAUUCUGA